AGUCUCUUGGGCUCGAGCACUGUGCUCGUUCCGAUCGGCCGGGGUUCUGCAGCACUCGGACUGCUCUCUCGUUGCGUCGGCGGCCAGGCAGCACGCACAAGCUUGCGGCACCAUGCGGCCCGUCGGAGACUAUACCAUGAAGCUCGUUGGCGCAGCGGUGCUGUUUUUCCAGAGCGCUGCACAUAGCAUUCCAGACGCUGUUAUUCGAAUUCACAAGGCGAGCGCUUGGAAUGGCACCUCUUGUAAUCUCUCGUACGCGAGCCACAGCGGCUUUGGGAAUCAAGUCGUUGGGGCGUGUCGUGCUGCGUUUAUUGCAAGAUCUCUAGGUUGCAGGCUUCUUUUGCCACCAGUUGUGGGACACCAUGAUUUAGCCGGGUGUGGAUUGAACAGUACAGCUUGUGACGAUGCAGAAUUUAUGGAAACAUUAGUGAAGGGAACUAACAACAUGUAUCGUACGAGGUCGCUGCAGUUUGAUGACAUUUUUCGGUUGAAUGACUCAUCCUGGCCUGUGGCGCACGUGCCGCAGCCGUUCGAUUGGAGGGAUUUUGAGAUCGUCGCCCUGAAUCGUUCGAUAAUGGAGUCUAUACCAGAUGCUGCGAGCGGUUCCGGUUGCUCUGACGACUGGACGGAGGGCCUGUUUCGGACGAGCCCCGUCGGCAACCUCAUGAUUGGCAGUGCUUUUGGAAUGCGUGGGCCAGAGGUGCCUAUCACACACCUUUUUACGGAUUUCAGCGCAUCGAUUCAUGCAGCUGCUGCUCCCUUGCUCCUCGAUCUGGGGCAGCGUUAUGCGUGCGUACAUCUUCGUCAACAUGAUGAUAUGAGGGGCUUCGCCUCCCGUGCCUGGGCUUUCUCUGAGCUGCUGCAUGGCAGGCUGGGCUUGUUGGGCCGGGUGGUUGGUAACCUGGUUGCGUUGGGUUGGCUUGCAGAUCCGUUGGUCGGCUGCGUUUGGUUGGAUGGUUGGUUGUUCUGCCAGCAGGUCCCGUAAGAAAGGAAGGCUUUGUUCAAGAAAAGGACACAGCCAGGGGCGUAUGUUAUGAGCGAGCGUGGUUUUCACAGCCUCGUGCGCGCAACCUCUGGGAGUCGACGCUGUGAACAAGUCACGACGUCGGGGGUUUGGGUGUUUGCAUAAUUGAUUUGAUGAUUUGCGACGUGGCUCUGUUGAAUACUGAACCCGCACGCCAUGCAGCCUGGUGGCCCGCGCACAAGAGGGCGGCAGAUUCCCUGAAUCCAAAAGCGACGGUCGUGGACAAGAGCCUCGUGCAGUGGGUGAACCACUACAUUAACGAGACCACCUUGGCCCCGGCCAUUGGUCCAGAGAAUUCAACCAAGCUUUUCAUUAUGAGUGGAAUGCCGCAGACAAUUGUGAAGAAGAUCAUGAGGACCGUCUGUGACAACAAGCGUGGACUGUUCGCAGAAUGCCUUCGCAUCUCCGACUUGAGGGAAGUGGAUCUGGGCUUCCCUAAAGAUCAGCAAUCUUAUACUGCGUUGAUUCUGGAGUUGUAUGUUUGCUCCCACGCCACUGUGCUCUAUUUGCCCAGUUACGGACCAGAGUCUUUUGGGAAAGCAUGUCCAGGAUGUUCAGGACUUAUCGUCUCCGGCGGCGCUGUCCACAGAGUGAACAUGUCGAGCGUCCCGUCCUCUCUCAGUCGGCUGGUUUAUGAGGCGCAUCUCAUGGUCAAGAGUGUCAGCCAGGCACGGUCCAUGUUGUAUCUGCAGUCGCAGUAUGUUGGUUCGCCCUCGCUCGGGCCCUUGAUAGGCGUCACCGUUUUGAUUGGGUUGACCUUGGCAGCCGUACGCUCGUGCCUGACUCGAACGGUCCAGAGACAACCCUUUGCGCUGCAGACCGUCGCAGCGGUAGAAUACAACUGGGUAGAAUAGAACGAGACACCAUCACCGGCCACGCUGGAAUGCAGACGCCAUUCCAACUUAGCGGCCGUGUAGACUAGAUCCGCACCAGCGUUUCGAAAGCGGCAUGUUCCCUGUUGCGCUCACGCCGCCUAGACCUGUAUCGGGCUCAGUUCGUGAUAAGAUUGAGAAAUGUAUGUUCGCAUUGGAAUCUGGCCCUGCAUCGGUUCGAAUAUUUAGUGACCCUCGGCCCAUCCCAAUGCUAACAUCCUUCAAAGCCGGAGGAAAACCAAUGGGUUCCUCUCGCUUCGCGAGGUCCCCAGAGCGGUACCAGAGCCACGG